AUGAAGGCUGGAGGAUUUGCUUCAUCCCGUGCUACUGUGGUGAACAAGGAAGGAGGGAAGUUUACAGGACAUUCUCGAACCGAUUCUACAGACUCCGAGAAUCCUUUAGCAUGGAGUGCUGAGAGAUUCGACGAGGAAACAAUGGGGUUAGACAAAUGGGUGGAUACAACGAGCAAUAGUCAAGUUGGAGGGAGUAGCACCACUUCCUGGAGUGACUGGGCCUGGAAUUAUGACAUAAAUCAAACGGGGAAGAUAUCUUCUGCUAUCCCAAAGCGAGCAUGA